GGUGCCACUGGGGUCGCAGGUGCGCGAUUUCGGGCCGGAGGAGGCAGCCAGGCAAGCCGUGGCUCCAAGGACGGAAUUGCCGGGCCUGUCUGUCACUGGCUGAGUGGAGCUCAGCGACUGGAACCACGUGCUGACGGGGGAGCUGUCUCUGCUUUUGUCCUUUGCAGUAUUCCUUAAAUUCUUUUCACAUUUUCUCUUACUGUAAAAACUGCAUUUAAGUUUUAAAAAAUGAAGCAGCUGAAAAGAAAAAGGAAAAGCAAUUUUAGUGUUCAAGAGACUCAGACCCUCUUAAAAGAAAUUACGAAAAGGAAAGAAGUAAUUUUUUCCAAGCAGCUCAAUACCACGAUUAACGUGAUGAAGCGAAUGGCUUGGGAAGAGAUCGCACAGUGCGUGAACGCUGUGGGAGAAGGAGAACAGAGGACGGGCACGGAGGUGAAGCGGAGGUACCUUGACUGGAGGGCGCUCAUGAAGAGGAAGAGGAUGAAGGCCAACAUCAAGCUGGUGGGCUCCGGGUUCCCCCUCCCCUCCUCUGACUUAGAUGACUCUCUCACUGAAGAGAUCGAUGAAAAGAUUGGAUUCCGAAAUGAUGCAAAUUUUGACUGGCAAAAUGUGGCCGAUUUCAGGGAUGCAGGUGGAUCCUUAACUGAGGUUAAGGUGGAAGAGGAAGAAAGGGAUCCCCAGAGUCCUGAAUUUGAGAUUGAGGAGGAAGAGGAAAUGCUGUCGUCGGUCAUACCAGACUCCAGGAGGGAAAGCGAGCUGCCUGACUUCCCGCACAUCGACGAGUUUUUCACUCUGAACUCAACUCCUUCUAGGUCCGCAUAUGAUGAUCCCCAUUUGCUUGUAAACAUAGAGAAGCAGAAACUGGAGGUGGAAAAGCGCCGCCUGGAUAUUGAGGCCGAGCGGCUGCAGGUGGAGAAGGAGCGUCUGCAGAUCGAGAAGGAGCGGCUGCGGCACUUAGACUUGGAGCACGAGCGGCUGCAGGUGGAGAAGGAGCGGCUGCAGAUCGAGCGGGAGAAGCUGAGGUUACAGAUAGUGAGUGCAGAGAAGCCGUCUGCGGAGAAUGAGCUUGGUCAAGGGGAAAAGGCCGUACUUCAGCCCCAGGACAUAGAAACGGAGAAGCUGAAGCUUGAGCGAGAACGCCUGCAGCUGGAGAAGGAUAGGCUGCAGUUUCUGAAGUUUGAAUCCGAGAAGCUGCAGAUUGAAAAGGAACGCUUGCAAGUAGAGAAAGACAGACUUCGCAUUCAGAAAGAGGGGCUCCUGCAGUGAUUUCGCUAGGCCUCCAUUUAGCAAAUAUUUGUAAACUUUAAGUUUUUCUUAUACCAAAUGAUAGAAAGAUGGUUACUGGAUUA